UGGGUGUAACCGACAUGCGGGUAAAGUCCAAGAGCUGAUAGGCAAAUUCACCGCCCAGACACACGUUGUUCAGAUCACAGCUCAUAGUUUCAGCUCUCAGGAAGUGAAACUCACACACUCGCUGCCACUGAGAGGUGAAAUGGUGCAGAAAGGAGUUCAGCUGGACCGGGAAAUCUUAUCUUGUCCCAUCUGUCUGGAUCUACUGAAGGAUCCGGUGACGACUACCUGUGGACACAGCUACUGCAUGAAGUGUAUUAAAGGUUUCUGGGAUGGAGAGGAUGAGAAGAAGAUCCACAGCUGCCCUCAGUGUAGGCAGAGCUUCACACCGAGGCCUGUCCUGCUGAAAAACACCAUCAUAGCAGCUUUAGUGGAGGAGCUGAAGAAGACCGGACCCCCACCUGCUCCUGCUGAUCACUGCUAUGCUGGAGCUGAAGAUGUGGCCUGUGAUGUCUGCACUGGGAGAAAACUGAGAGCCUGUAAGUCCUGCCUCGUGUGUCUGGCCUCUUAUUGUGACAAACACCUCCAGCCUCAUUAUGAAUCAGCUGUCUUUAAAAAACACAAGCUGGUGGAGCCCUCCAAGAAGCUCCAGGAGAACAUCUGCUCUCGUCACGACGAGGUGAUGAAGAUGUUCUGCCGCACUGAUCAGCAGUGUAUCUGUUAUCUCUGCUCUGUGGAGGAACACAAAGGCCACGACACAGUGUCAGCUGCAGCAGAGAGGACUGAGAGGCAGAGAGAGCUGGAGGGGAGUCGACAAAACAUCCAGCAGAGAAUCCAGGACAGAGAGAAGGAGGUGAAGCUGCUUCAGCAGGAGGUGGAGGCCGUCAAUGGCUCUGCUGAUAAAGCAGUGAAGGGCAGUGUGAAGACGUUCACUGAGCUGAUCCGUCUCAUGGAGGAAAGAAGCUCUGAUGUGAAGCAGCAGCUCAGAUCCCAGCAGAAGAGUGAAGUGAGUCGAGUCAGAGAGCUUCAGGAGAAGCUGGAGCAGGAGAUCUCUGAGCUGAAGAGGAGAGACGCUGAGCUCAAGCUGCUCUCUCACACAGAGGAUCACAACCAGUUUCUGCACAGCUACCCCUCACUGCCAGCCCUCAGUGAACCUACACACUCCUCCAGCAUCAACAUCCGUCCUCUGAGCUACUUUGAGGACGUGACGGCGGCCCUGUCAGCAGUCAGAGACAAACUACAGGACGUCCUGAGAGAGGAAUGGACAAACGUCUCACCGACUGAAGUGGAUGUUUUACUGUCAGCAGCAGAGCCCACCACCAGAGCUGGGUUCUUAGAAUAUUCACAGGAGAUCACUCUGGAUCCAAACACAGCAUACACACAGCUGGUAUUAUCUGAGGGGAGCAGAAAAGCAACAUACAUGGAACAACAACAGUCUUAUUCUAGUCACCCAGACAGAUUCACUGCACGGCCUCAGGUCCUGAGUAGAGAGAGUCUGACUGGACGUUGUUACUGGGAGGUGGAGCGGAGAGGAGGAGUUCAUGUAGCAGUCGCAUACAAGAAUAUCAGCAGAGCAGGGGGUAGGAUUGAAUGUUUAUUUGGAUUCAAUGACAAAUCUUGGUCCUUAGAUUGUGACAAAAACAGUUAUUCAUUUCGUUACAACAAUAUCAUCACUACCGUCUCAGGUCCUCAGUCCUCCAGAGUAGGAGUGUACCUGGAUCACAGAGCAGGUAUUCUGUCCUUCUACAGCGUCUCUGAAACCAUGACUCUCCUCCACAGAGUCCAGACCACAUUCACUCAGCCGCUACAUGCUGGAGUUUUGCUUUAUUAUGAUUAUGGAACCACAGCUGAGUUCUGUAAACUGAAAUAGCCUGAAGUCAUUUGAGGAACUCUUCUACUUCUUAAAGGGCCCAUGUCAUGGCCAUUUCC